UAUAUGCGCUGAGAACACCAUCUUCAAAGGCAAAGGAUGGAAUGUUGUGUCAGUUUUGAGAAUAUCAUCUUCAAGGGCAAAGAGGGAAUGUUUUAUAACCUUUUGAACAUUAUCUUCAAAGGCAAGGAGGGAAUGAUUUAUUUUAUAAACUUUGAUAAGAUCUUCAAAGGCAAGGAGGGAAUCUUUCAUAAGCUUUGAAAAGAUCAUUUUGAAAGGCAGAAGAUGGAAUGUUUAUAAGCUUUGAUAAGAUCAUCUUCAAAGGCAGACAGUGGAAUGCAUUAUGAGCUUUGAUGAUGUUAUUUCAAAGACAAUAGAUGUAAUUCUUUUCAAGCUUUAAUGGAAUUUUUCAAAGGCAGAGGAUGAAAUGUUUUUUAAUAACCUUUAUAUGGCCGUCUACAAAGGCAAGGCUGGAGUGUUUCAUAAGCUUAAUAUCCACUUAAAAUGUUAAUUUAAAAUGUUUUUUUUUUCUAAUAUAAAGAACCCACUGACUUUCCUCAUAAUACUCAUUUAAAAUGUUCCUUCAAAGUGUUUCCUUAUCUAACAUAGAGAACCCACUGAUGUUCCUCAUAACAUUCAUUUAAAAUGUUCCUAUUAAAUGUUCCUUUGUCUAAAAUAAAGAACCCACUGAUGAUGUCCUGAUACGGGUGCUUUAAAAUGUUUUCGGCAGAGAAAACAGCGCCACUCUGCCUCUAACUUCCAUUCAGCGGCCACUCGCCGUAUUACACCUGCACCUGCGUUAUUCAGCUCCACCGCUCCGGCACGGACGCCAAUUGCGCAUGCGCAAUGAGAUGAAUGGCCGCUGCAGCUGACGGGCCACCAGGAAGUGUGGCGGACAAAUCCUCGGCCGUUAAUCCGCUCGGUACCGACACUACCAUGAUCAGCGGAGCGGAGCGCUCACCGUGACCGACAGCAGCUCUCUGCUCCGGGCAAACAGCUGUGAGGACCACCGGGACCACCGGGCCGUCCGUCUGCUGCCCCCGCUGCUCGGCUCCAUCCCCCUCUCCUGCAGAACUGAGGCUCCGCCAAUCUCCGUGAGGCUCGGUGAAGCUCCGUGAAGCUUUGUGAGGCUCCGUGAGGCCGGGCUCGGUCACCCUGACGGCGAUGGGAUGCUGUGGCAGCACGGAGAGGACAAAGAGAGAAUGGAGGCCACUGGAGGACCGGAGCUGCACAGACCUGCCCUGGUUCCUGCUCUUCACCGUCUUCUGCGUUGGCAUGGGCAGCAUCUGUGGGUUCACUGUUGCCACCGGGGGCGCUGCACGCCUUGUGUAUGGAUAUGACAGCUAUGGUAAUACCUGUGGUCAACGCAAUGAGCAGAUCGAAGGAGUCCGGCUCAGCGGGCUUGACCACACAGACAGAAGGUUCGUCUUCUUCUUGGACCCUUGUAAUAUCGACAUUGUGCAGAGGAAGAUCAAGUCUCUGGCCCUCUGUGUGUCUCUGUGCCCCCCUGAAACCAUGCACACCUACCAGGACCUGAAGAGGUUCGCCAUGGUCAAUGGGUCUGAGUUGUGUUCUUACGAGUUGGCAGGUCAUAAAUAUCCAGGUCUACCUGAGAGGUUCUCCAAAUGCCCCAAACUUCCUGUUCCACCCAGUAAACCUCUUCCCGUGUUUAACCGUUGCACGCCACUGGAUGUUUCAUGCUAUGCUAAGUUCGCUGAGGCUGUGGCAACGUUUGUGGGUGAUAACAGCGUCCUGCACCGCCUGAUCGCCGGCGUCGCAGCUAGCAAAGAGAUCAUCAUCGGCCUGUGUGUGCUGGCUCUAGUCCUCUCCAUGAUCCUUAUGGUCAUCAUUCGGUACAUCUCCGCCGUCCUCGUCUGGAUCCUCACUGCGCUGGUCGUUCUUGGAUCCCUUGCGGGGACCAGCGUCCUGUGGUGGCUGUACAUCGACCACCGGCUGUACGGAAACGACACGACCUCUAAAGUGACCAAGGAGUCCAAGGAAGACGAGGAAGGCAGGAAGGACAGUGGACAGGCGCUGCUUGUCUACGCCGCAGCGGCCACCGUCUUCACUAUCAUCCUCUUCCUGCUGAUGCUCUUCAUGAGGAGGCGUGUGUCUCUGACCAUCGCUCUGUUCCACGUGGCGGGGAAAGUCUUCCUCCACCUUCCCCUCCUCACCCUGCAGCCGUUCGUCACCUUCCUUGCUCUUCUCAUCUUCUGGAUCUAUUGGGUCCUGGUACUGCUUUUCCUGGGGACCACAGGUAACCCGGUGCAGAACGAAGAGACAGGCCUCACCGAGUUCAGGCUGACAGGUCCUCUGCAGUACCUGACCUGGUAUCAUGCUGUCGGUCUGAUCUGGAUCACAGAGUUCAUCCUGGCCUGUCAGCAGAUGACUGUGGCGGGCGCUGUGGUAACAUACUACUUCACCAGGGAUAAAAACCGCCUCCCAGUGACCCCCAUCCUGUCCUCCGUCCUGAGGCUGGUCCGGUAUCACCUUGGCACUGUUGCCAAAGGAUCUUUCAUCAUCACUCUGGUCAAAAUCCCCAGACUCAUCCUCAUGUACAUCCACAACCAGCUCAAAGGAAAGGAGAACGCGUGUGCUCGCUGCCUGCUGAAAACGUGUAUCUGCUGUCUGUGGUGUUUGGAGAAGUGCCUCAACUAUCUCAAUCAGAAUGCAUAUGCAGCCACAGCCAUCAACAGCACAAGUUUCUGCACGUCUGCUCGCGACGCCUUCGUGAUCCUGGUGGAAAACGCUCUGCGCGUCGCUACAAUCAACGCCAUCGGAGACUUUGUGCUCUUCCUGGGGAAGAUCCUGAUCGUGACGUCGACGGCGUUCGCCGGCGUCCUCCUCCUGAACUACCAGAGGGACUACGCCGAGUGGCUGCUGCCCCUGAUCAUCGUGUGUCUCUUCUCCUUCCUGGUGGCUCACUGCUUCCUGUCCAUCUUUGAGAUCGUGGUGGACGUCCUCUUCCUGUGCUUCGCCAUCGACACCAAGUACAACGACGGCACACCAGGGAAGGAGUUCUUCAUGGACAAGGCUCUGAUGGAGUUUGUGGAGAGCAGUCGGCGGUUGGAGCGAGCGGUGGAACGUGGGCGGAGCCGGGUGAAGGAGGUGGUGUCUGAGGGGGCGGAGAUUAAGCCCAUGGUGAGUGACAGCUGUGGCGAAGGGGGUGUGGCCGGACAGAAGAGCUCGCCGGAGGAGGAGGAGGGUCUGGGUCUGGACGGGGGAGGAGGGGAAUGGGAGGAGCUCCAGGAGUUCCAGGUGUACUACCUGCUGGUAGGGGUCCUGGUGGACUGGGUCCUUAUGGAGCAGAGAGACCUGGUCCUGUGUCUGAGCGAAGACCUGGUCCUGUUCCUCUGUGUCUACCUCCCCACCUCCACCCUCUUCCUGUUCGUCAGCAUGCUGCACACGCCCAGCCACGCCCCCUUCAGACAGACCGCCGCUGCCGCCGCCAAGAGAUGACCCCUGACCCCUGUGCUAACAGACACGUACUAACAAUGCCAUAUGCAUGCUGAGGGACCAGAGCUAACUGCUGCAUGCUAACACUGACUGUCUUAAAGGUGAUUGGACAAUAGCAUGCAGACCGCCUUGUUCUUCAUCAUCAUCAUCAUCAUCUCCAUCACUGACCCUCUCAUCCCUCUGUCCAUGUCUGUUUUUAUACUUUUCUAUUGUUUUUAUUCUGCAGCUGUUUGUGUUUCCUGUUUGGCCUUAUAUGGUCACCGCCGUGCCCUACAGACUCAGACCAUGCAGCUUCCUUCCUGUUUACAUCAGUCGGUCUGUUUAAGCUUUAAUGACACGUUAAUGUAAAUGAAUAGAACUGAGUUUAAGUUUGAAGAUUCUAGAAGCUGAAGAUGAGGAGGAAAAGUCUCUGCACUCUAAAGACCUUCACACAGUAAGGAUGACGCCAGUAAACGGCGCCAAAAUGCCGAUAAUUCCAAGGUGAAUUUGUUGCCCCUUUCUAUUGCUAUCAGAUGGGUACAGUUUCUCUGUGGAAUUUAGCCAGUUUUUGGUAUAUAAAGAGCCACGAAACAAUGUUGGCUCAAACUUACACACUAUUGAAGAUUUUUAAAGCAUUUUGUUUUUUACCCAGAAAGCCUCUGUGCUCUUGUCUCUAUAUCACAAUGUAAGAGCACGUUAGUGGUACCCAAAGCCUGAUCCUAUCUGUUAGGCUGUAUAGCUUAGCAUCCUAAAACCAGCCAGUUUUCUUAAAGGAGCAGUGCUCACUAAAAUCACUGGAGGCUAAAGCCACUACUGCUGCUAUGUCCCUAAUACAACUCAACUUCAAAAAUACCAAAAUAUCCCUUUAGGAAAAAUCUGAGGAGAAGAGUGAAGGAGGAUCAGUGAUUUUCAGCGUUUUUUCCUCAUUGAGGCAAUUGGUUCUCAACUGGUGGCCCGGGACCCAAAAGUGGGUGGCGGGGCUGUUUUCAGUGGGUCGCGAGUUUAAGUGCUUUUGUUCCAUUGUUCAAGCGUUUUACAGUGAAGGAUAUGAUUAGAUUUGCAUAAUUUUACCCUAAAUCAUUAAAGAAUUGACGUUGUGUAUUUACCCAAACUCAUAGUAUUUUUUCUCCUUGAUUUUUAAGGAAAGUUAUGGUGAUUUUCCCAAAAGGUUUAAGGAUUUUUCCUACAUUUUUGGAAAGUUUUCUUUGGGCAUUUCACCCCAGACUUUUAAAGAAAGUUUCACAAGGAAUAAGAGACUUUCAGGACUUUUCCAAGGAACGUUCAGCAAUCUCCUCUAGUAGUAUUUCAGGAUUUUUAAAGAUUUAGGGAAUUUUCAGUUACAGUUUUGUGUAUUUUAUCAGGGAUUUCUCUUAAGAAUUCUUUGUCUCAUUUUGCUCAGUGUCAUUCAUUUGUAGGGUUCAAACAGCGUCUUUUGUGAAACAAAUUCCAAAGAAUUGACAAAUUCAUCAGAAAUUUGGGUCACCAUUCAUUUUAUGGAACAUGUGGUGGGUCCCAAGGCUAAACCAGUUGAGAACCACUGAUUUAGGCCUUCCUACUGUCCCUUAUCAGCAACAUCAUGCUGAUUAUUAGAUUAGAUUAUUAGCUAUAAAGUCAGAACCAUCUAAGGUAGACUUACCUGGCACUAGCUGAGGUAGAAACCAGGAGAGAUGGACAUGGAGGAGACUCUGUUUAGAAUGGAAUUAGCCUUAUGUUGAUCUCAGCCAACAGUACUACAGUACCCACAAUCCUAGAAUAUCAUAGUGACAUCUUUGAUUGUCUGAACCUGCCUUUAGGUGGGAAACUUCCCCAUUCAAUCCAGUUGUCUCACUAGAACAGGGGUGUCCAAACUAUGGCCCGGGGGCCAAAUAUGGCCUGUGGCCCUUUUUUUUAUUGGCCCCUGAAAGUUCUUUACAUUAGAUUAAAUAUGACCCUCAACUGAGCAUGAAGCUUGUGCUACACUGUUUUAUUCUUCUUAGUAUCAGCACAAGGCAGGGCUACCAUGCUAAUUCUGUAAACAAACAUUUUGACAAGGAUUUAUAGCUGGGGUUUUUUUCAGAACUAAAUUGUGACGGCACUAUAAAUAGUAAAAAUAUUGGCAACCAAAAUAAUAAAGAUAUCUUGAUUUACAACACCCUAAUGGUUACAGCAGCAAAUAGCCGCACCAGUGAUGUUCCAGGGGUGGGGUCAGGGGUAGUCUGAAAUCUGAUUGGACUCCCCAAAGUCCUUAAACAGUCAUCUAGCAGAUCUUAACCAACAUUAGAUUGUUUUUAUUAACUUUAACAUCAAGAUGAGAUGUAUAAAAGUGGCCCCACCAUCCUUAUAUAUUUCUGUAUGUGGCCCCCAUUGGAAAAAGUUUGUACACCCCUGCACUAGAAGCUAAUUCAAAGGUAAUUUCUCAACAAAGAUGGUCAAACUGAGUAACGAAGAGAUGUCAAAGAUACUACCUCAACCUUGUUUUAAGAAAGAAAGUGGAAUUUAGAUAAUUUGUUGGUAGAACCAGUGAGGAUGGUCAACACAAGGAAAGAUAGUUGGCUUAUCUCUACUCUAAUUCUGUUUUUUUUUUCAGGGCAGUAUCUCCUUCAGUCCAUUGUAGAAUUAAAAAACGUAAACAUGAGGAAAACCUGACCAAAAAUCUGCCAUAAAAACAUGAAAAAAUGUCCUAUAAUAAAAACUUAGAUUUCUAAUUUCAUGCAAAGAAAGGACCAUAGUACAUAAAUCUCAUAGGUUUAGUCAAACUCUUUUAAAUGCAUAAGAAACUGAUUAAAAUUAAACCUUUCCAUUUAAGAAUGUAAAUGAUGGAAUGACUGAUAGUUGCUGUUAUUUAUAUUAGGAGGUGUGGCCGUUCUGGGAUCCCCUCCUGCCCUUCCAUGACUCUGUGUAGAAGGCAUUAACUAGGAACAUUCCUGCCUUGCCUGUGCCUACAAGGAAAGCCUGAGGCAGGGAGAAAAGCAGCAAUAAACCCAGAGUAGAGCAGGCAUCAAUGACAACAGAAUGAC